GGUACCUAAAAUUUUUCAUUAUGACAUUUUAGUACAUAAACUUUUCAAAAGGCUAAAUUGCGAAUUUGGUCACUUGAAUUACUAGUAAAUUUCACAUUAGCCACUAGAAUUACUUUAUUCCAUCGGUAGUCACUUAAAUUAGGUUAAUAGUUCAAGUUUGGUCACUGGCCGUUAGUCUUCGUUGACCUUUGCUGAUGUGGCGGUCAACUCUAAUAGUUGACCGUUAAAUGAGUGACGUGGCAAUUAAAAAAUUAAUAAAAAAUAAAAUUUAAACUUUUCUAAUUUCCAACUCAUUUUUACACCACCCAUUGAAAAAAAUAUCAUGGAUGGUAUAGAUAAUAUAGGAAGUUUCUGUGCAGGUAUAAGUAAGUUAGACGCGGGAAAGCGAAUCAGUUAGCAUAAAACGAGCGUCAAGGUCCGGUCGGGAAGUUCUAGGAUGACUCGACUCUAUUCGAUACUGAACGUUAUACCUACCGCUAGGUACACUGCGAAUAAAGGGAAGACGCUAUCGAUCCCUGAAUCGAGGGACUACGCGCUUUCAAUCCCUUACAGCUGCCUUCCCUUCUACUGCCCGAACUACCAAUCGCCCCUACUAUUAGUAGUCACAGGGGUUUCUCCUUUCUUUCAAGCCAAACCUGCUAAGCCGAUAGAUAUUCUAAAAAAGAAUGAUUGUAUGCAACUAUAGUUACUUUUUUUGCCCUUCCCUUCCUUUCCCUUCCCUGGAACCGACCCAUGCACUCUCCAAAUGCAUAGCAAUUCCAGCACCACUCUCUUCUCCUUCUUCCUCCCUCGUCCCCCAACUUUUCCCUUCGUCUCUUCUUCCUCCUACAAUCCCAAAAGCUUCCCCAAUUGUUCCCAAUCCUCAAACCACAACAAUUCUCACCCCAUACUCCCCUCGCCGGACUCACACUCCCAUCCUAAUGUUGCCACCGCCGCCGCCAGAAUCCCCACUCCGCCAUGGGUCAAAGGUCCUCUCCGCCUCCAGCCGCACGAGCUCGCCAACCUCUCCAACCAUCCUCCCAAACCCCGCAAAACCCAAGAAUUUAUUGGAUCAUGACUGUAAUUUCCAACUCCAUAACUUUAGUGGGGACUUGGAGUAUGACGCUUCCCCUUGCUCACUGUAAGACCCCUCUAAUCCCUUGCGUAUGUUAAAUCUUUGUAUUGUUAUGAAUCACUAUGAUAUAAAUGCAUGCAUUGAUACAAUAGAUGUAUUUUGAAAUUACAUUGUUUGGUUGUUGGGAUUAUAAUUUAUGAAUUGAUUGUUAUAAAGUUACUUUAUAAGAAAAUGUCAUAUUUGUCCUCCACUUUUAAUAUAAAACAAAAAGAACUAUGGACAUAAUUGGAAAAAGUAAAGGUGCUCAAUUAUUAAACCAACAAUCACAACAAUCUCCACUUUUAGUUGAGAUUGUACAAUCCCUCAUUUUUGUUGAUUGUUGGUGGGACCCACACAAAACAAUACAUGCAUUGUUUUGCAACUUGACACUUCCAAACGUUGUAUUGUGGACAAUACAUGUAUUUAACAAAUACAACACUAACAAUCGCAACUUCCAAACGACCCCUAAGGGUAGAGAAUUAAAGGAAUUUAUUUCCCCUAGUUUUCUUAAUUGGAUAAUAUCUUCUUCAUUCUAACUCGGAUUUCAUUUUUUUUUUUUUUUGCACAGAUGGAACGAGUUCGUUGUGCUCUACAAAAUGAUAUCCAUUUUCAAUAUUUUUUGAGAAUUUUUUUUUCAUCCCUCUCGUUACCAACUCCAUACCAUAUGGUAUCUCCUUCGUUGUUUAGUCAUUUUCGGAAAUUUUUGCACAAAAUGAACGAUUUAAUCAUGAUCUAUUGGCUUUCAAAAUUUUCUGGGGGAAAAAAUUUCAUACCUCUCGUUACCAACUCCAUACCAUACUAUACCACCCUGGUAUGAGGUGGUAUUUUUCAUACCAUAUGGUAUGCAGUUAUUUAAUACCAAUCAAUACCAUAUGGUAUUGACUGGUAAUAACUGACAAAUUUUUUUUGUUCCAAAAAAUAUCAAAGUGAAUAUCAUUUUGAAUCGUUACCAACUCCAUACCAUACUAUACCACCCUGGUAUGAGGUGGUAUUUUUCAUACCAUAUGGUAUUCUGUUAUUUAAUACCAGUCAAUACCAUAUGGUAUUGACCAUACCAUAUGGUAUUGACUGAUAAUAACUGGCAAAUUUUUUUUGUUCCAAAAAAUAUCAAAGUGGAUAUCAUUUUGAAGAGCACAAUUAAUCUGAUCUAACUGUGCAAAAAAAAAUCGAGUUAAAACGAGUAUCAUCCGUUAAAGAUUAAGGAAAAGAAAAUUAAUGAUUUUUCCAAGAGAGAGAAGGAGACAUUGAUAUGACAAAUUCUUAUUGAGUUAUGCAUAGAAUUACUCACCAUAAUGUUAUUCACUAGAUCUGCUCCCUCUUAUCUCAAACCCGACGACAACAACAAAAGGGCUUGAUUCGUCUGGAUUUUGGAUUCUCUGCUGUCGGCAAAUCCACCCUCAUUUUUUUAGUUUCUAGGUGAGGCGGCAGGAGAGCUAUCGGCGGAAUUCAUCAGAGGAUUGUUUUGGUGAGCUAGUCGGCGGUGGGUUUUGGGUCAUUGAUAGAAAUACGGAGAAAGAUAACAAAAAAAUAAAAAAUUUAAUAUAAGAAAGUAAUUUUGUUAAUAUGAUGUGGGGUUCAGGUGGCAUGGAGUGUCUAGUUAGAGCUGACAUGUGAGCCAAUAUGUCAUUUACAUUAGUGAACUAAAUACGUAAACGCGUAAGUUUUUAAAUUUUAAAGUGCAAUUUAGUCCGAUUUUAUACGCUAAAGAUUUUAUAUGAAAACGAAAACGGUUUGAUUUUUAAACCGUAAACUUUAAGUUUUAAACCGUGAUUUUGACUGCAUUCUCCAUGCCUAAUAUAUAUAUUGUUAAUUGUUAAAAGCCUAUGUUUGAGUUACUAUUCAUUAGUGGUUCUCACACUCCUCCAAGUGCAAGCGGGGAAGUUUCAAGUCCUUCUUUUACCCCACUCUCCAUUCUAUAACCUUUGUGUUUAGUUAUUGUUUGCUAGGUUUUCGUCUAUGUCUUUUUGCACAAAUCAUCGCCCUUGUGUUUUCUUAUUGUUCGCUAGGAUUUUGUCUAUGGAUUUUUUCACAAAUCAUCGCCAUUGUGUUAUUAUCGCCUUUGUGUUUGGUUAUUGUUCGCUAGGUUUUCGUCUAUGUAUGUAUUGAUAUAUAAAAGCCUAGGUUUGAAUUACUAUUCAUUAGUGGCUCUCACACUCCUCCAAGUGCAAGUGAUGAAGUUUCAAGUCCUUCUUUUACCACACUCUCCAUUCUCCAACUUUUGUGUUUAGUUAUUGUUCUCUAGGUUUUCGUCGAAUUUUCAAGUCCUUCUUUUACCCCUCUCCAUUCUACAACCUUUGUGUUUAGUUAUUGUUUGCUAGGUUUUCGUCUAUGUCUUUUUGCCCAAAUCAUCGCCUUUGUGUUUUGUUAUUGUUCGCUAGGAUUUCGUCUAUGACUUUUUGCACAAAUCACCGCCUUUGUGUUAUUAUCGCCUUUGUGUUUGGUUAUUGUUCACUAGGUUUUCGUCUAUGACUUUUUGCACCCACCUUUCCCCACCACUUUGCAUGUCAUCUCGAAAUACUGUCGGCGGGAUCCUAAGUAGUUCCCCACCACCGUUUUCUAAGGCCGCUACUACGAGUUUUUUAUCGGGACCGAGUUUCAUCCUCUUCAGUGUUUUUUUCUUUCUUUUCUUCCUUUUUGUUGAGUAACCCAAACACAUGGGUAUCCUAUAUAUCUUGAACAUAAAUCAUCGUCUUUGCCCAUCAUUUUGCAGCACAUCUCGAAAUACUGUCGGCGGAAUCCUAAGUUGUUCCCCGCCACCAUUUCCCAAGGCCACUACCACGAGUUUUGUAUCUGGACCGAGUUUCAUCAUCUUUAGUGUUUUUUCCCCUUUUUGUUGAGCAUGAUCACAAUUGAACCCAAACACAUGAGUAUCCUAACUUGAACUCAAAUCAUCGCUUUUGCCCAUCCUUUUGCAGCCCUUCUCGAAAUAUUGUCGGCGAAAUCCUAAGUUGUUCUCUACCAUCGUUUCCCAAGGCUGCUACCACGAGUUUUGUAUCGGGACCGAGUUUCAUUAUCUUUAGUGUUUUUUUCUUUCUCAUUUUCCUUUUUGUUGAGCAUGAUCACAAUUGAACCCAAUAUCACUACCGAAAAUUCAUACCAUAUCUACUCAAUGUUGGCGAGUUUUGUAUCAGGACCGAAUUUCGUUUGCUUCUAGUAUUUUUUUCAUUCACUUUUCCUUUUUGUUUAGCAUGAUCACAAUUGAACUCAAAUCCAUGAGUGUCCAACCUAAUUCGAUUCGGUCAAAGCGUCUUGAAACGGACUUUAGUAUUUAUAAAUUUCUCUUUCUUCUUCUUUUGGUUGGGAAGACAAUUAAACCCGAACUUAAGGUUUUGACGAGUGUUAUAUUGUGAGCGAGCUUUAUCAGCUUUUGUAGUUGACAGGUUGAACCAAAUGUUAAUUUGUUAAAAAAUUGUUCAAAGCGAGUCGAACACAUUGUUGAUAAGUUUUAGAUCGAAAGCAAGUUUUGUACGCUUUAAUGUUUUUUAUUUCUCAUUUUCCUUUUCGUUGAGAAUGACAAUUGAACUCUGACCCAUUGUUGAUACGUUUCGUAUCGAGAGCGAGCAAAUUUUAUCUGCUUUUGUAAUUGAAAUGUUGGGUAAAUUGUGAAUUUGUUAAAUCUUGGUCACCCAGGUCAAAGUGAGUUGAAUGAAGUGUUGAGAGUUUGGGGUCAUAAGCGAGUUUUAUCCGCUCUAGUAUUUUUUUAUCCUUUUCCUUUUGGUUGAGAAUAACAAUUGAGUCCAAACGCAUGGGUAUACAACCUAAUUCGACCCGACCAAAGCGACUUGAACCCAAUUUUACAGGUUUUCGACGGGAGCGAGUUUUAUCUGUUUUAGUAACUAGCAUGUUGUGUCAGGUGUGAAUUUGUCCAACACUCGGUCCAAUCAGGUUAAAGCGAGUUGAACUUGCUAUUGAUGAGUUUUGAGUCAGUAGCGAGUUUUAGCUUUAGUGUUUUUCAUUUCGUUUUUUCUUUUUGUUUGAGAAAGACAAUUAAACCCAAAUCCAUGGGUAUCCAACCUAAUUUGACCUGAUCAAUGCGAGUCGAACCUCCUCAAACCUGUAAUCAGUCAAAAAAAUUCAUAAUUGAGAACCACGAUUACCUCAAACCCAAAGAAAAGGCAAAAAAGUAC